CCGGCGUUGGCGGCGCAAAAGCCGGGUGAGAGAUCGAGCGUGAUUAGUAGGUCGAAAUGUUCGCCCUCCAUCCCCUCGAUCGAAUCAGCUCACGCCUUCGUCGUCCCUCUUUCAUCUGAGGAUGAUGGCCCUCGAGAACAUUUUCUUUGGCCUCUGAGGAUUUUUGUCGUGUCUUGUAUUUUCUUCCUCCAUGCGGACAGUUGGUCGCAGAUUAGUCAGAGGCAAACUCGGGAUCAAAUUCUCCUCAUGAUUUGAGCCUCGUUUGCCAAUGUCGAAGUCCGUUUUGUGGAACGGAUGUGAUAAGGCAUGAUAAUUCAGUGAAGCUGAGCUUUUAACUCAACAUUCCAUGCAGAUUUAUCAUCGAGUGUUUGCAUGCUCUUUACUCCUAUCGACUUCAAUGUGCACCAUGAGAGAUUCUCGUGCCCCAUUGGAAAACUCGUUUGUUCUCGUGUGUCGCCAAUUUGUUCAUUCUGGUCCAGUCAGUUGUGUGUGAGUUGUUAUUCUCGAAGUUCUUCAGUACAUACAUUAGGCUAACAAGAAGUGAAUUGAGGAAGCAACAAGUCCAAUAGGCUCAGCAUGAGAAGAAAAACAAGGCUACAUCCUCUAUAAUAGGAGUACUGUGCAGUAACGAACGAAGACUGAGAUUUUAAUAUCCCAGAAAAAGGCAUCACUCAAGAAGACCGACCGAAUGUUGAUUCUGGAUGACUUUGGACGGGAAAAGAAAGAGAGAGAGAAAUUGUCAAAAUCGGAUAGUCGUUUAAUUGCAUCUACAACAACGCUGUGAGAAAUUUGCCGUCAGCCCAUCGUCAUAAAUGCCACCAUUCAAUUGAUGUUUGACCAAUUGUCAAAGGACUUUCCAAAUUCGCAAGGGAAAAAGUGAUGUGUGCUACUAAGCAGACUCCGCGUAAUACUGGCCUCAAAACGUCGUUAGUGGUCGAAAUGUCAAUCUUAUGAAGGGUAAAGUUGAGACCGCCCAACAAGACAGCAGCAUCUUCACUUCCUCAUCCGAGUUGAAAAAAGGGGAACAGGUGUCUGUGUAACUGGCCCGUGAUUGGAGUUCCACUUCCAUGGAUGGACCACCGACUUCCUGUCCUGUGCUCGAAGUGAAGUCAUAAACAAAUAUCCAAUCUUGUGACUCCAGUGAAAUUGGUUUCCUUGCUCUGUCGUGUAGUGAGACUCGAAACACUGAUCAUACAUCAUGGACAUGCUAAAUGCUAACCUGACCGCCUUGAAUUCGCUGGCAGGCAAGAUUUCUCCCCGUGACAAAUCGGCGGGGGGAAUAGUGGGUAAAGAUGGGACGACAAUCCUCGAGUCAGAAGGCCUGCCCACUACUGUAACCCCAACAUCCCUACCGCCAACAACAACGACGACGACGACGACACUCUUGGGUGAUAAUUUGACGAGCCUCAAAAACGCCGUGACUCAAAAUCACCGAGCCCAUCUCGGUGAUGAUAUGAUGAAGACCUCUGAUAACAGGGACGUUACGGACUCGUUGGCUUUGAAAUCCAAACUCCAUCAUUGCUUGGAUGAGAACAAUGGCAAUAUUCUGGAUUCCGUCCCAAUGAAUGGAAACGCCCAUUCUCCUCCCACUCCAAUAUCAUUGGCUUACCAUGGGGUCAAUUCUAGUGAUAUCAUCGAACUAGCCUCUGAUCAGCCUGAUCAAGACACCAUCAAAAUGUUCGUAGGACAGGUUCCACGUUCCAUGGACGAGUCCGAACUUAAAGUGAUGUUUGAGGAAUUUGGUCCCGUCUACCAAAUCAACGUUCUUAGGGAUAAAAUAACCGGCCAAAGCAAAGGUUGCUGUUUUGUGACGUUUUAUAAGCGUAAAUGUGCUCUGGAAGCGCAGAAUGCCCUCCACAAUAUCAAGACACUUCCAGGGAUGCACCAUCCCAUUCAGAUGAAACCUGCAGACACUGAGAAUAGAAAUGAGCGCAAAUUGUUCGUCGGCAUGGUUUCCAAAAAGUUCAAUGAGAACGACGUUCGAGUUAUGUUCAGUCACUUUGGAACAAUCGAAGAGUGUACCGUGUUAAGAGAUGCAAAUGGAAUAAGUAAAGGCUGUGCAUUUGUGACUUUUUCAUCGAGGCAAUGUGCAAUAACGGCCAUCAAAGCCAUGCAUCAUUCCCAAACCAUGGAGGGAUGUUCCUCCCCGAUCGUCGUCAAGUUCGCCGACACUCAAAAGGAGAAGGAACAGAAGAAGGUCCAACAACUCCAAUCCAAUCUUUGGACCCUGUCAGCUGCUGGGCUGGCGGCAACACCCCCUGCACCUGCCGCCCCUAGCAUCCCAAGUAUCAUUCCACAACAAUAUAUGGCGGCUCUUCAAAUGCAGGCCUUGAACGGUGCUAACCAUGGAGCCAUGUCAAACAGUGCGACGCUACAUCAACCAACCGCCCAACACUUGUCAGCCUUAUCAGCGACCAAUGGGCUUCAUACAAACAACUAUUUGGCUCUACAUCAGUUGCUGGCGGCUGGUGCACAACAACAACAACAACAACAACAACAACAGCACCCACAAAGCCAUCAACCAGGGCUCACCAAUGGCAUUCCAUCAGGUCCGGCCACCCAGGUCAACCUCACCUCAAUGUACCAAACUCAUCCUCAGGCGGGUGCAAGUCUGUCCGUGACCAGCGCUCCCUCAAAUAUGGCUAAUGCGGGCAUGUUCCCAGCCCACCAAGUUAAUAGCAAUACUGGAAAUGUGACUGUGACUGGAGCAAAUAGCACAAGUGAUUUGGCAUUUCAGGGCCUGGUCGGCCUUCCCGCCAUGGCAAAUGGAACGCAACAAGCCUUGAGCCCCAUGAGCAUUGCUAACCUCUCUUCUUUGGCGGCAUUAUCCUCGACGAACCCAGCCGCUGCCAUUGCCGCAUUGCAAGCCGCUUACCAAAACCAGGGUCUGUCUCCACAAAAUAUCCCCACAAGCCAGCAGAACUCUCCUUUGGCCAAUGUGGGCUUAUUGAAUUCGCCGAAUGUGGGCGCCACGGCAGUCAACCCUUUAGGGGUGAUGGCACGCCCAGCCACCCUCUCAAGUGCCACUACACCCACAGCCUCAUCUCAAAUCCAAAUCUCUACAGGCAUUCCAAGCGUAUUUUCCUCACCCCUCAGCACGUGUAAUACCAAUGUUAUCAGCACCGGCACACCUGGCACCGCCCCUUCGCCCCCUGCUUCGGGAACCCUGGCGGGACUAAAGCAGCAUGAAGGACCCGAUGGGGCCAACCUCUUCAUUUACCAUCUGCCGCAGGAAUUUUCAGACUCAGAUCUCCUUCAAACUUUCAACCCGUUUGGCACUGUGGUCUCAGCCAAAGUUUUCAUCGACAAACAAACCAAUUUAUCCAAAUGUUUUGGUUUCGUGUCGUAUGAUAACUCCAUGAGCGCUUUGGCCGCCAUUCAGGCCAUGAACGGCUUUCAAGUGGGCACUAAACGCCUCAAGGUCCAACUCAAACGCUCGAGGGAUGCCUCCAAACCGUAUUGAGAGAGCCCAAAUCCCAGUGUAAGUCCCGAAAUGAGGAACAGAUUACCCAACCAUCCGACCCAAGCCCAACCCAAAAAGAGAGUGUCCGUUCCCCUCAACCCCUUUUUCCGCCUCCUUCCCUUGUUCAUCAUCGCGUGACUCGCUCAAAGAGGCCGGCCGCACUGCCGGCCGAAACGACGGCGCUGAUUCCGAGCUCUUGGCUUAAGAGGCCACAAACUCAAUGGUAAAAGCAACGGAAUGCUUCCUGUCCCAAUCCUUGUUGUGGCUGUGAUAAAUUGAUUUUGCCUCAGCAAUGACACAUACACACACACUCUCUCUCUCUCUCUCUCAUUCGUUCUUACGCAAAGUGUUCACAUUCAAAUGCCAAAAUCCGUCCCCUGUUCCAAUCUGGAUGCUACUCUCCAUGCGUGAAAAGCAUUGUCUUUCCUUUGCGGUCCAGUUGAGCCGGCCAAUUUGUAUUUGCUCGAGUGUCUUCCUACCCUACCUGUUUAAAUGUGGUCGUGGGUCCUCGUAGCACAUGGACCAGAUGCAAAAUGAUCUCAGAAAUUUGUCAACUAAUCAGGGCAGCUCGUCAUAGUCAUGGAUGGCUCUAUGAACCUGAUAAGGCUCUCCUAUUGUUAUACCGUAAAGAAAUCAUCCUUGAACAUGUUCAUGAUGUCAAUAUUUUAACACCAAGUCAAUCAAGUGUGAAAAAAGAGAUUAUCGUUUCAUGAUUAACAAAACGAAAAAGCAUUUUAUAAGAUAAAUCAUAGCUUUAACCCUCCACAAGAGAGGUAGGUUAAUCCAUGACGUCCCUAUGUGGGGGUUGCGAUGGACUAAAAUUUUUGAUAUGUACUGUUAUAGUAUAGGAUUAUUUGUGUAGUAACGCACGUCUCGUGAUUUGUGGUGAGUGAUUCUGACCUGACUGAGCCUCUCUCUAUUCUUUGUAGAUCGCUUGUUUUACUACUCUUACAAGUGAAAAAGAACCACCUCCGUCAUCAACUCCUACUCCUACUUCUACUUCUACUACUACUGCUACUUCUACUUGUUUGUCAUUGUUGUCUCUUCUCGUAUCGUACAUUAAAACUCGUCGUAUGAAUAAAAAAUCGUCCGUUGACGGUUCAACUCACGGCCGAGAAGAACAGACACCAAAAGAGAGAAAUCGCCACUUCCUUCGUUCCAACACUUUGAUUACUCCGUAACUGCUGUUGUGCACUAUAACUGCUUAUUCGUGUUGUUCUUAUUAUGCGAUGAUGACUGAAAAUGAAAACGAAAUUCAAGCAUCGAGUUCUUCUAGUCUAACAUCUGUACCCUUCCCAUCCACCAACUCAUUUGCUUUCGUCCACCCAGAUCAUCUUAGAUUGGUUUCAGAAUUAACUCAUAGUACCAAGUCCAUUGCUAUUAUGAACAUCGUCCUUCAAGAGUCUAGCAAAUACGGUAAAAUGAAAUGUAGUAGUAACGCUAUAUAUUUGCCAAGCCUUCUUUCCGUGCUCCUUGAAGGCGGAGGGCCCAAGUUGGGCGGACUUGCCUGGUUGAGGGUGAACCUUUCUUUCCGUUUUCUAUGCUCUCCUCGUUCUUCCGAGUUCCUGUUCGUGUUUGAUUUCCCUCUUGUUUCAGUUGUAAAUAAGACGUUAUCAUUGUGAGUGUGUAAUCAAUGCCAAAAAUAGUCAUUAUUUGUCCAUGGAAAACAGGCUUCAAGUACAAAUUGAUGAGCAGCCUCCUGUCCUUUGAUUUCAUGCUUCCCCUCGGACUUUUUUCGGCCUUUAUAGUAACCUAGACGAAAUACUGCAACAGAUUAUGAUGAUGUCGAUAGUGAUGUUAACAUACAAAGCAAGUGAAUGUUUUGGCUAUAGUUCAUUUUAGCCAUAGAAAGACGACAAAAGUGAUAUCCGUGCCAAAUUUCUCGUAGUCCAAAACCACCUUUUAGUCAAGGAAAUAAUGACGAGAUGCGAGCAGAAUUCAACAAACAAAUCAAUGCCCCCACACACGCAAGAUUGUGUCCGAAUGCAAUAAUUCCUAUUGAUAAAUGAAAAAACCUUGAGUAAACCCUCGUUCUACCCCUAUUUAAAACACACACACACACACACACACUACCAACAAUGCAUAUCUUUUGAUAGUCACCCAUUUGUGUCUAGAACUCCUCAUAUUUCAUUUCUCUUUCUUAGACGAUGAUCCUUGUUUUCUCUUCCCAAAGUAAUCAAAUUGUUACUAUGUAUCGGAAUAUUCAGACAUUAUUACCAUUAUUAUUUUAAAUACAACUAUUGCUUAGUUCGUAGACACUUAUUCUCAAUUAUUGUUCCUAUGAUGAUACAAAUAUGAAUAAUACUUUAAUAACAAUGCUAUUCGACCAAAUAAACGAAUCGACAAACAA